AUGCCGCCCCGUUUCAGUUUUCAGCUCUCAUUUUGUUCUAUGAUGAAAAUUCAAUUAUUCCGUACGAACCCCGCUUCGAGGCAAACGAGCGCCGGGAAUGGGUCGGCUCUUUUGAUAAAAAUAUUUUACAUUUCAAAACUAAGACCACCGUUGCGACAAAACAAGGUACGCCGGUCAAGUCAGCAGAUACGAAGAGUUUGGAUGGCAAUUAGGGAUACGUUUUUACGAAUAUUUGGGUAUUUUAUGAACGAUUCAAUGAUUUAUGAGGGCGGUGUGUUAUCGGGGUGCGGCGUGAGGGAGGCUAGCGCGAGGGUUGCGCAGGGCUCGACGGCAGCGCGCCAUUGGCGGACACUGCAUCGAUCGCGCGACGAGCUAUAUGCGGCCCGCCCGAGCCAGCCUCCACCUACGUUAAUAAGUAAUCAUCCGACCCCGCGAUACCUCAGCGAGUUUUCCGGACAGAGCUGGAACCACUGA